AGCCGGCCAGCGUGGUAUCUAUUCCAGGUGGUAUCAAUCGCUGUUCACAGGACAGCUCUUUUUCAAUUAAGCUUUGAUCAUGGUGCAUCGAGAUAUAUAGCAAACGUGCGCGUCGUUUCACCGGUGUCCGAGGGUUAGGUUCAAACGAAUGUCAUUCGGAUAAAGGGGGAGAUGAGACGCGGGCGUUCAUGAAUGGAACAAAAAUCUCGUUCGAUCGAAAUCAUAUGUCGCUCGAUUCUCGUUAACGCGCUGAGGUGUUUGAAAAGACGCGUUUUUUUUUUCUUUUUUAUAACAUCCGGCACGUCCACGCCCUCUCUUUCCGAACUUUCGAUUUCAAUUAACGAACCUGUGUUCAAAAAGCUUUACUUUGUACUUUAUCUCCUCUAUAUUCACUCAUCUUGUUUCUUUUUCUCGCAUACAGGCGAAAACGCGCGUUGUUGAUUACACGGAUGUUUGACGAUAAAUAUUAAAGAGUUCCAACGUGAACUCGACUGGGUUUACUCAAUUUCCGGACGACUCCACUUUUCUUUCGUGGUCGACACAGCGAUAUCUGCUGUCGAUCAGCAAUGGACAGUCAUUACAGUCAUUAUUGAAGCUUCGAUUAAGAAAAUAAUAAAAAUGCCUUAGAAGCGAAGACAACGGGACAAAGAGAAGACCGUAGAAACUAACUUUUCGCGCUAGCUGCUCCCUUCCUCUAAGUACUUCGAGUCUCAUCCUGUGGAAUGAGGCCGCGUGGUCGGUCUGUCUUCUAUUUGCUUACCAAAUAUCAGAACGAAUUGAAUUUGAACGAGAGAGCGACGGAAGCGAGCCGCGUGUGUACGGCGAUUAGCGCUACCGCGAGGGAAAAGGAAUAUUGAUCGUUUCUCAUCAGCGCACGCAGCUCGUAGUGAAAAUUGGAAGAGGUCGUCGAGAGACUGGCGUUCAUAAUUCCGGAGGAACACACGUGAAAGAAGAAUCGUCAUAGCGCGACGUGUAUCUAUAAUUAAUUCUCAGCCGAGGUAUGCGUCUUCCCGCUAAUUAAAUAGCCUCUGCGAAAAAGAGGAAUUUCCUUUUUUUUAUGUUUCUAUAUCGUUGUCAAUAGAAUUACGGAGACCCGAUGCAAAACGGGGCCGAAGGGGUUAAUCUUCCGGCGGGCAAGUGGGGGCGCGAGAGACGACGACGCGCCGUCACGCUGCGGUCGUCAUCGAGAACUGUCGAGAGGAACGUCGAGCGCCGCUCUCUCUGGCUACGACUAUUUUCGUACGUGAAGUAUUUUUAAGUCUCGCUUUGGGAGUCUCGAAAGGCGCGAUUUCCAGAAGAAAGAAACGCGCCGUUUCCUGCCCGUCUGUCGCCUUUCACGAUGCAGUUAGUCGGUGCACUUCACGGACAAUCGAGAAAGAAAAUACGAGGGGAGCGUGCGUGCGUGCGUGUCGUUCGUUCGUUCAUUCGUUCAUUCGUUCGUUUGUCGUGCGUGCGGCGUUCUUACGUUCUUCGAGAAUAUACAUAGAAACACGUUCUUUCUCGACUAAUUGAGCCACGUGACAGACACAAUCUGUUAAUAAAUCUCGGGUCUACGUCUCGAAGGAACUCGGAGAAUUCCGAUCGAAGAAACUCAGCCGCGAUAGCUUCUGAUAUUUGCAGGAAAAAUUGUUUCGCACUAGGAUCCCGAUACACUCUAUCUGACGAUCGGUAAACGAUUAUUACGCGCGCGCGCAUCUCUGGGUACGAUGAGAAGCGUGACGCGAGAAGUGACAGUGGUUACGAGGUGACGAGUUUCGACGUUUGUAACACGACGUUUGCGCCGCUCGAUGAGACUCUCGUCCCUGCGAACGAUUGUCAAUAAUAGUGUUUGCGGGGCAUAAUACAGCCGUUGCGCCGGUGCUAGUGACUCUCGCGUGGAAAAAGGUGAACCGAUUAGUCGUCGAUGAUGCAACCCGUACACACCGAGAACAACAACUCCGCUUUGGACAUGGAAUCCCUCGAGGAGAUGCUUCGCAAGCUCUCCGAACUUGAGCAGCGGGUAUUAGAAGCGGAGGGCAGGGCCGAUGAAGCGGAGGACAAGGUACGGAUGAUGGAGGAGCGGCUGGUGAAGGGUGAAUACUGCUUGAGCACAUCCGGCGUUGGUUCUCCGCCGCAUUCGCUACCGUCUACCUCCGGUACGCAGAAUGACAAGAUCGAGGAUGUCCAUUGUGCCUGCAUCUCGAAACUAGAGACUCAAGUUGAGGAGCAGAGGCAAUUACGGCUGCAAGACGCCAGACAGGUGGAGGCGAAGGCAGCGAGGAUCAAGGAAUGGGUUACUAACAAGCUGAGAGAACUCGAACAACAGAAUCAACACCUGAGGGAACAAAACAACAAGUGCAACCAACAGCUCGAGUUGUUGCGCAAUCAUAUAACCAACAUCGGACUGAAACCACCUGCACCGACGAGAGCGUCGCUAUCUUUGGAAGUAGACUCCACCCUGCGUAGACGAUCGGAGAGUCUGGAGGGUACGCCGCAGACGGUGCCGGAGUGCGUGCAGAAUAUCGUGACGGAGUCGCAAACGGGCACGAAGCACCGGAGGCAUUUGUCCGCUUGCGGUACCAUUCAACGAGGAAUCGCAACCACCAAUAUGGACUCGAGUCUGCUGUCCGAGGAGCUGGCCGCGGCGGUGGAAAAUCUGGUGAUGCUGCCGAACAUACCCGGUGUCUCGGAAGUGAGCAGGGACAGCGGGAGUUCGGAAGCAGUGCACGACUACGCCGAGAUCUACACGCCCAGUAGAGAGGGUAUGAACUGGCUGCAGAGUGGAGGCCAGGGUCCUCGUCCGCCGACUCCGCCGUUACACCGAUUUCCCAGCUGGGAAGCGAAAAUUUAUCAGGUAGCGGACGGCGGCCUUGGCAUCGGUCCGCCGACGAACGAAGAAUCUGCGCCUUCCACGAUGACCAACACGACAAGCUCAUCGAAACACUCCCAGGCAACAGGACACAAUUUGACGGCGCAUAAUUCUCAAGGCUACUGCGACAUUUCUGUGCCGGUAUACGCCACUGUCAAAGGACGCGCCAGUCAGAUCAGAUCGAUGCCCUUUGGCGAUAGUUCAGACGACAGUUCGGACGGAGAGGAACACCCUAAUCAAACCGAGACUAACACCAGAAUUACUAACAGCUCGUCCGAUAAUACGGACUCUUCCCUGGGCAGUGGGAGCAGCCCGUCGAAAAGCAUCAAAACCACCAGCAGUCUCAGCCCCGCGAAAAGAAGUUCUAGCGGUUCCCCCAGUAAAAGCGUAAAACGUGACACUUCUCUCGAGUCAGGCUUGUCCGAAGAUUACGCGAUACCUCCUGACGCACUCAGCUCGACGUCCCUGGAAUCUAGCAUGCCUAGCCUGCUAAUGCGCGUGUCCGGCGAUAGUCCAAAGAGACAAGAGUCACUGGAGAAGACGGGUCACCUGGCGAAAUUAGGCGGCAAGUUGAAGACCUGGCGGAAGCGGUGGUUUGUUCUGAAGAACGGUGUGUUAACCUACUGGAAAAGUCAAAACGACGUCAAUCGGAAACCUCAGGGCCAAAUAAUUUUAGAUGAAGUGUGUAGGAUUAAUAGAGCCGAAGGCGCUGCCACUUUCGAGAUAGCCACUGGUAAGAAGACUUAUUAUUUGACCGCGGACUGCAUCGCCACGAUGGAAGAUUGGAUAAGAGUACUACAGAACGUGCAGAGGCGAAACGCGACAAAACUUUUGCUCAGUAAGGAGGACAACAAGCCGACGAUACAAGGCUGGCUGACGAAGGUGAAGAAUGGCCACGCGAAAAAAUGUUGGUGCGUGCUCAUCGGCAAGAUGUUCCUAUACUUCAAAUGCCCCAGCGAUACGAAUCCCAUCGGCCAAAUUAACAUGAGGGACGCCCGUGUGGAGGAGGUGGAACACGUGUCGGACAGCGACAGCGAGGAGAGGGAUGCCGAGUGCCCGCACGAGAGAACGAUCGGUAUCUUUCCGACGCAUCAGGGCCCCACAUAUUUAUUAAUGCCGCACAAGCAGGAUAAAGACAACUGGCUCUAUCACCUGACGGUGGUCUCCGGCGGUGGGCCGAGCGCGGGAACUCAAUAUGAACAGCUUGUACAGAGACUGAUGGAGACCGACGGGGACCCUACUUGCGUGCUGUGGCGACAUCCUCUGUUGCUGCAUACGAAGGAGAAUAUCACGAGUCCAUUGACGAGCUUGACUUCCGAGUCCCUGCAGACCGAGGCCAUAAAGCUUUUCAAGGCUUGUCAGCUGUUUAUGUCGGUGGCGGUAGAGCAAGCAGGUAUCGACUACCACGUGGUUCUGGCACAGAAUGCACUGCAACAGUGCUUAGACCAGCCUGAACUUCAGUCUGAAUUCAUAUGCGCAUUGGUAAAGCAGACAAGUCGUCACACGCAACACCGUUUGGGCGUACAGCAGCUCCUCCUCUGCGCCACGCAAUCGCUCUUCACCUGCGAUACGCAAAGUCCCGCGGCAAAUGGCAGCGGUGAAAAUGCGGACGCGCAAUCAACGGCCUCGACUUCUCACAGUCCUCCGCUCACGCAGGGCCACUCGACCUCCACUAUCCUGGACUGCAAAACUAACCCCGCGCAGUACGUGCUUAUCCAGGGAUGGCAGCUCCUGGCGCUCGCCGUCUCCCUCUUCCUACCCAGGAACAAUCGGCUAUUGUGGUACCUGAAGCUGCACCUGCAGAGAAACGCCGACAGCAAAACAGAAUGUGGCAAGUAUGCGGCUUACUGCGAGAGAGCCUUGGAGAGAACGUUGCAGAAUAGCAGCAGAGAAGUGAAACCGUCGAGGAUGGAAGUACUGUCUAUAUUGAUGAAAAAUCCGUACCACCAUUCUCUGCCGCACGCCAUACCGGUGCACUUUCUCAACGGCACGUAUCAGGUCGUGAGCUUCGACGGCAGCACCACCAUAGAGGAGUUCUUGAACACCUUGAAUCAGGAGAUCGGUUGCAGAGACGUCCAUCAUUCCGGUUUCACGCUGUUCAGUGACGACCCGAUCGAAAAGGACCUCGAACACUUCAUUGAUCUGCAAGCGAAGCUGUGCGAUAUCAUCUCCAAAUGGGAGACCGCGUUACGAGAGAAAGGCUCGGGGAAAUUUGAGAACACCAGAGUGAUACAAUUGACGUACAAGUCACGAUGCUACUGGCGGCAGGCUGCUAAAAUGGAAACGGACAAAGAGAGGCUCCUCUUGUGUUACCAAGUAAAUCAACAGGUCGUGCAAGGAAAAUUCCCGUUAAAUCGCGAGCUCGCAUUCGAGCUCGCGUCGUUAAUGGCACAGAUUGAUUUCGGAGAAUACAACAAUGACAAAGCGCGCGGUAGUGGCCCCGGCAGCAAUCCACAUCAUCUUGUACUGCAAGCUCUGGAUAAAUUCUAUCCAAUACGUUAUCGGACUAACAUUACGGCCGACCAAUUGAGGGAGUUGCAGGAGAAAUUGCAAGAGAAAUGGAUCGCAUUGAAGGGACGUAGUAUGUUGGAUUGUGUUCGGAUCUAUCUCACAUGUACUAGGAAGUGGCCUUUCUUCGGAGCUACCCUGUAUCAAGCAAAGCUGAAGCAAACUGAUCCUGUCACCGUUUGGAUAGCAGUUUCCGAAGACAGCGUGACGUUACUGGAGUUGCAGACUAUGGCGGUCAUGUGUCGUUAUAAUUACGCGAACAUAGUAACGUUCGGCGGCUGCUUGGACGAUUUUAUGCUCGUUGCUUGCCCAGACGAGGGUGCGGCCGAACAAAAAUUACUGUUCGCACUUUCGAAACCUAAGAUCUUGGAGAUAACACUGCUGAUCGCGGACUACAUGAACGCGCUGGGCCACACAUUACCGGGCACUCCGCAAAUGAACACUCUGACGCGCAACGGAUCGCACCGUUCCAUCAAAUCCACUCUGAGGCCUGCGACUGGUUCAAGCUGUCUUCCAACUCAACCCGAUAUUUUGAAAUCGACACCGGAUCACCAAAGACCUUAAAUAGAAAGGCCGGCUUACAUUAGUCUGAGAGAAGACGACGGCAAAUGUGUCUCUUGAAUUCGCGCAAAGGUCUGACUACGAUGAGUAUUUUCUUUUCUCGUUUGUAUUAUAUGAAAAGAGCAGCGUAAAAGUGCAGUAUUAGUAUCGUACACCGCGACACCGCCGUUUUUUGUUUGUUUUCGGUGAGAAAGGAAAACAACGCAAUCGCACGCGUUCAACUCAUACGUUUACGUUUCGUCGUGUAUGCAUGUAAAUUAGUACCGAUGCUUGUAAGACCAUACCCGUGUAAAUAUUUAACGAGAAGCACGAGCUAACCGCGAAGAAAGGAUCGUGCAGAACAAGAGAAGUCGUGGUUUAAAAAGUGGUGACUGAGAUCAAUCGAGAGAAUCGAUCUGUUAACACUGCCUAAUUUAGUGUGCGCGACUAACACAUCGAAUAGUUUCAUCCCGCGGCUAAGUAUCACGCUGAGACUUUUGCUACCGUAUUUAUAUACCAAAUUAAAAAGAAAAAAGAAAGAAAAAACGGGGAGAAACAUGAAUAAGAUAUUGCGUGAGAGUGAUGUAUUCACGUACCGUGUAUAUAUUAACCAGAGUUACUAAGUGUUUAGGAGUAUAUAAAGAGCGAUACAGCGAUAUGUUCCUCCCCGACUUCACCGAGUAAAAUUGUUACGACCUAUAUGUACCGGCCAAAAAAAGUUUAUUUGGCAGCUGGAAAGCGCAUACGUGAGUGUCUAUAUCGUGUGCUAUAUCGUGUAACGUGAUUUUUUUUUAUUUCGUUCAACAUCUUUCGUCACGUUGCUACUUCGGCCGGUGUAUUGAUAUAAGUGGAAUUUGCGUUAAAAGUUGAAUUUUAUUACAAUUAAGUUGGAAUUGAGAGAUUCUUAAUUUGAUCGAGAGAUUAGGUUGAAAUUAAAAAUUAGAUUUAAUUUAAAAUGAAGAGUACUAAUUAAAAACUUACAAUUUAAUCGAAAUCCAUAUAAAUUCGGAUCAAGAAUCUUAAUCCGACCUUAAUACAUUUGGACGGAAAAAAAGAGGGAAUUGCAAAAGGGGACGGUUUUAUUUUAACCAGUCUCAAGUAUCACGAGAUGGCAAAUGAAUCUUGUAAACGGAACCACUUUACAUUCCGUUUACCCGCAGAGAGAGAGACUGACUUACUUUCUUCUCAUCUUCUUCUCGAACGUCCGUUUCUUUACUUCUUACACGUGAGGCUACUCGCCAGAUAUCGAUUAAUUAACAAACAAGCAUCCGAUAUGUUAACUUGGAUAACAGCUAGUCUCGAUAUUUAUUUAAGAUAUAAGUAAUUGCGUUUCUUUUGUUUUUAUACAAGAACACGAUGAAAUAGAUUGUUAAUGAUGGGAA